AUGGGCGUCAAGGAAUUCCUCAAAAACCGUUCGGCCUUGCGCGUUAAUAAUCGUACGACUACAUCGGCCGCUACUUUAACUCUACGACAGAGUCUCUGGCCAUUGACUCUAGUCACGAUCUUGUUCUUCUUAUGGGGCUUCGCGUAUGGUUUGCUGGAUACUCUGAACUCCCAUUUCCAGAAAACCCUACAUAUCGACCGAACCCGUUCAGCCGGUCUUCAAGCUGCCUAUUUCGGUGCAUACCCCCUAGCCUCCCUCGGCUACGCAAACUGGAUCCUCCGUAACUACGGCUACAAAACCGUCUUCAUCUUCGGUCUAUGUCUUUACGGUAUCGGAGCACUAUGCAUGUGGCCUGCAGGACUAAACCAAUCCUUCGGCGGGUUCUGCGGUGCAACAUUCGUUAUUGGAUCAGGUCUCGGAUCGCUUGAGACUGCAGCUAAUCCCUACUUAACCGUCUGCGGACCACCCCGCUACUCAGAAAUCAGAAUCAACUUCGCCCAGGCUUUCAAUGCAAUCGGCACAGUCGUCGGCCCCGUCCUAGGCUCGUACGUCUUCUUCACAGAAACAGAAUAUGAUGUAUCAGCUCUGCAGCGCGUGCAAUGGGUUUACCUCGCUAUCGGUAUUUUCGUCUUCCUUCUCGCGGGUGUUUUCUUCUGUUCCAAUAUCCCUGAAGUCACGGAUGAGGAUAUGGCAUUCCAGGUUGCGCAGACGCAUGUCGAUGAGCAGGAUAAACCUUUCUGGAAACAGUACAAGCUGUUCCAUGCAACUCUAGCUCAGUUCACUUACACAGGUGCACAAGUCGCUAUCGCCGGCUACUUCAUCAACUACGUCAAAGAUACAUGGCCGGGUACAUCGAGCGCCACAGCAGCGAAGUAUCUCGCCGGCGCACAGGGCGCAUUCGCAGUCGGUCGAUUCCUCGGUUCGGGAAUUAUGAAAUUCGUGCGUGCGCGCUGGGUCUUCCUAGUUUAUUUGUCAUGCACGGUUGCUUUCCUUGCUGCGUCGGUGACGCAGACGAAGCAGGUCGGUAUCGCCAUGUUAUUCCUGACUCUCUUCUUUGAGUCCGUUUGUUUCCCGACUAUCAUGGCACUGGGUAUCAGCGGUCUCGGACGUCAUUAUAAGCGCGGCUCUGGGUUUAUUGUUGGUGGUGUUUGUGGUGGUGCUGUUGUGCCGCCGAUUCUCGGUCAUGUUGCUGAUAUGCAUGAUAACACCGGGUUCGCGUUUAUUGUUCCGACUAUGUUCAUGGUCGUCGCUUGGACGUACGCUAUUGCUGUGAACUUCAUUCCGGCGUAUACCCACACCGUGGAUAAAAUCGGUGAAAGUGAUGUUGGGCUUGAGAGUUCGAGAAAAGAUGAGGAGGAUGUUAUGGGUUCUCAUAUUGAUGAGAAGCACCAGGUUGUUUAUGUGGAGCGGUAG